AUGGGGUGGGAUAAUAAAGUGUUUUAGGCUCUUAAUAUAAAUACUUGUACAGUGAGUUGAGCUGCUCGGUUUGUUAACAUGAGCAGGAGAGCUCCCAGGGCCAGGGCGACAUCACUGCCUGACUCAGACCCAGGUGACAAAUCAACAGUGGUCCUGAAGAAAGAGAUCGGACUGCUCAGUGCAUGUGGUAUUAUUAUUGGUAACAUCAUUGGUUCCGGGAUCUUCGUGACUCCAAAGGGUGUUUUGGAAAAUUCUGGUUCAGUUGGUGUGGGUCUCAUACUGUGGCUUUUAACGGGUCUCAUCACUGCUGUCGGUGCCCUGUGCUAUGCUGAACUGGGUGUCACUAUCCCAAAAUCUGGGGGCGACUAUUCCUAUGUAAAUUACAUCUUUGGCGGGCUUGCUGGGUUCCUAAGGCUGUGGGUUGCCUUGUUGGUCAUCUAUCCAGCUACCCAGGCUGUGAUUGCUCUCACCUUUGCCACGUAUGCAUUGCAGCCUCUCUUUCCAUCCUGUUUGCCUUCAGAUAAAGCCUUGAGUCUGCUUGCUGCAGUCUGUCUGUUGCUGUUAACUUGGAUUAACUGCUUCAGUGUUCGCUGGGCAACACGAGUGCAGGAUGUAUUUACUGCCGGAAAGCUGCUUGCCCUCGGUCUCAUCAUCAUUAUGGGCAUCGUGCAGAUCUGCAAGGGUCAUUUUUAUUGGUUAGAACCUGCAAAUGCAUUUCACCCUCUGCAGCCGUAUGAACUUGGGCACAUCGCACUCGCUCUCCUCCAGGGCUCCUUUGCUUAUGGAGGCUGGAACUAUCUAAACUAUGUAACUGAAGAGCUUAUUGACCCCUACAGAAAUCUGCCUCGUGCCAUCUUCAUCUCAGUCCCGCUGGUCACUUUUGUCUAUAUUUUUGUGAACAUGGCAUAUAUUACAGCUAUGAGCCCUCAGGAGCUGUUGGACUCCAAUGCUGUUGCUGUGACAUUUGGUGACAAGUUGCUUGGAGUGAUGUCCUGGAUCAUGCCCAUUUCUGUGGCUCUGUCCACCUUCGGGGGGGUUAAUGGUUGCCUUUUCACCUCAUCAAGGUUGUUCUUUUCCGGUGCAAGAGAAGGACAUCUUCCCCGUCUGCUGGCAAUGAUUCAUGUGAACCGAUGCACUCCCAUACCAUCUCUUAUCUUCACCUGUAUAUCAACUCUGCUGAUGCUGUGCACCACUGACAUAUACACUCUCAUCAACUAUGUUGGCUUCAUUAAUUAUUUGUUUUAUGGAGUCACUGUGGCUGGGCAGAUUGUGCUUCGCAUUAAAGAGCCAGAUAUCCACCGUCCAAUAAAAGUGAGCUUGGUAUGGCCGGUCAUCUACCUGAUUUUUUGGGCAUUCUUGCUGAUCUUCUCUAUAUACUCUGAACCUUUGGUGUGCUUUAUUGGUUUGGCCAUCAUGCUGUCAGGUGUUCCUGUGUAUUUUAUUGGCGUCUAUUGGGAAAACAAGCCCAAGUGCUUCAGGUCUUGUAUUGAUAAAAUGGCAUUCUUGGGCCAGAAAUUGUGCAUGGUGGUGUAUCCUGCUGAGGAUGAAGGCAAAAAAGAUGAUGGUGAGGAAAAAGAGACUGCUGAGUAGAUGUCAUUUUACAUCGAUGGAUUUCGACUUUUCUGACAUAUCUGCUUCUGUGAAAAUGCCAAACACAGAAAAGCAUGGAGACAUAAAGACUUAAAGUAAUAAUUCACCCAAAGGUUAUACUAAAUAAUAUCCUAUAUGAAUAUAAUAACCCAUCACCACAUUUCUUUUUCCAUGGAUGGAUGCGCUUUUUAGGGCUUUAAAAAUCUGGCACUAUCCAAUGACAUUAUAAAGCUGAAAAGAGCAAGGAUAUCAUCUUCAUUGGUGCAAUACUGCCAUCUACAGUGUAUGAAAUGCACUGAAUAUUGUAUUACAAAAUAAUUUUGUACGGAUAAAUGUAGCUUUGAUUCGUCUCUGGUGUUGUGACCUCUAAAAGUGUUUGGGUUUUUUGUAGAUGAAAUUCAUUGUUAAUUCAACAAUUGUUAAAUGCUUGUGAUGAAGCUAUUUAUUUUAUCUGAUGAAUAACUCAUGUAUGACGUUUUGAAAAUAAAUGCAAUGCAAACAGCAUCAAAGGGGACAAAAACAAGCAGGAAAAAAACUGUCUCAUGUGUCUUCAACAGGAUGGAUUAAUUGUGUAAUUUAGAAGUAAAGCACUGAAGCAGAACAACAGUGCCUGCUGCUAACUGCUGAAUGUCCACACCCUGCAUUCAAGUGACAUCACAAUAAACUGAAUAUACUGUUACUAAACC